CGAUCACCGGAUGAAAGUGGAGGAAGCCGCCGGGCUGAUAACGACGAACGCCGAGGAAAUGGUGGACGCGAUCGAAAACAACGAGAACGUGGUAGAAGUUAUAGUGAAUCUCAGGAACAAGCUACGGACGACAGUCCUGAGAAAAGACUAUCGACUCUUUUAAUCAUUUUGGGUGAUAAAAUGACUCCCCAAGAAAUACAUAAGAAUAUUGAAAAAAUUGCCGAAAUUGUUCAAACUGAGUAUUCUAAAUAUGAGCCUCUCGUAUUGAAGACAAUAAAAAAUUGCCUCAUGGAAUUACCAAUGAAAACAUUUAUAUAUGGUACCCUCGUUGGUCUUGUGAAUGUCAAACGACCUGAUAUCGGCUCUGCAAUAGUAAAAAUGACAGCACAAACGCUACAGCAAUGUUUGAAUGAGGGAAAUUGGCGUGGGGCAAAAUUUGCAUUAAAAUUCUUUGCUGAAUUGACAAAUGCUAAUGUCAUAUUACCAAGAACCAUGCUAGACAUAUAUGAUGAUUUGUUAACUACACUUGAUGAGCCAAAUGUUAAGUUGGUAGCAUUGCAGCUUCGCGAAAGAAGUCCAGAAAUGUUGGACAGCAUACUAUCGAAAAUUGAACGAUAUUUCGAGUCUAGAGAUCGAGCUAUUGCAGAAAUUGGUGGUUCUGUUGUUCUUCAUUCCGUCAUGCCGUACAUAGGAUCCAAUUUACCAUAUGAUCAAGCUGAUCGUAAUGGCUGGGAGUGCCAAGUUCUUUUAAAACCUUGGUCAGAUUAUGAUAGUGUUUUAGUAACUUCAGACCAGCACGAAGUAGAUAAAUUCAUAGUUAAAGAACAUUCACACCAAUUAUGCAACACACUACCGGUUCCAUUGUUUAGGGUUUUUGUCGGUCUAGAAGAUGAGGCAAUAGUUGACUCCCAUAAAACGACGGACAUUUCAUAUUUUCUUAUUCGUGAUGCUAUUGAUGAUAUUAUUGAAAUAUAUGAGAUAAAUCGUAAAGAAUGCACAAAGUACUUAAAAGAUCUUGCGUAUAAUUUUGCAUCUGGCACGUUUGUUGAAAAAGACACUACUACUUCAAUAACAAAAUCCGAAACAAAAGUGAAAGAUGAGCUCGAUAUAAAAAUUGAGCCAAAUAUGGACACAUUUUCCAAUAAUUGGGGAGUUGAAGAUUCUAAAGAAGUUAACGCAAGUUCAAUUUCGAAUCAAGGAAUUGUGGGGUUUAAACUUGAGCAGAUAAUAGUUGAGGAGAUAUUUAGUCAUAUCUUUCGCUUACCGCAACCUAGAUUUAAGCCCAUAUUUUAUCACUCGCUUUUGACUGAAAUAUGCAAGAGCAUGCAUGAUUUUAUGGAUGUUGAAUGUUGCUACAGAUUUUGGAAUUGGUUUGCUCAUCACCUUAGUAACUUUGGAUUUGUGUGGAACUGGAAAGAUUGGGAGACAACUUUACAAUUGGACCCAUUGCAUCCAAAAGUAUGUUUCAUACGAGAAACUUUAGAAAAGACCAUACGUUAUAGUUAUUACGAUCGGAUCAGAUCUACAAUACCGGAAGAAUUUUUAGUUUUAUUUCCGACAGCUGAGCCAACUACGAAUUUUCGUUACGAAGAUCCCGAUCACUAUCUAAACAAUUUUGCGGCAAGCCUGAUAAGUAAGCUUCGAAACAAAAGCUCUAACAGUGAGAUACAGGCACAUCUGGAAGAGGUAGGCAAGAAUUUUCCUGACUUGCCCGCAAAAGAAAAAGAACAAGCAAUUCGUGAUUUGUUUGUACAAUGUGUGCUGAUGCUAGGCAGUAAGAGCUUUAGUCAUGUGUUAAACGUAAUCGAGAGGUAUUUACUGAUUCUGCAAUCUUUGAAUGAGACACCUGAGGCAAGAUUACAUACCGUAAAGAUAGUUGCAGAAUUCUGGGUGAAUAACACACAAUUCUUGGGAAUAUUACUCGAUAAAUUACUAAAUUAUCGUGUAAUCGAUGCCAUUUCUGUAAUAUCAUGGCUGUUCACGGAUGAGAUGGAAAAAGACAUUGCAAGAUCAUACAUGUGGGAAAUUAUGAAAAACACUAUUAACAAGGUUAUAUCACGUGUAAAGCAAGUAACAAGUAAAAGGGAAACGGUAUUAAACCCACAAUCGGAAGUUGGCGGUCAAGGGAUAGACAUUACAUCUGAAGAGGAUAAAAAGAUCAAUAAUCAGGAGUUGCACACAGUUGAGAAUACACUAAAUGCGGUUACCAGAGAACAGAAGGAAGUUUUAUUAAAGAUGGCUCAAAUGUUUGUUAACUUGCUCGAUAGUAAGUUGAAAACUUAUGAGAGUCAAGGAAUUACCGACCCUAUGUUACAAUUAUGGUUUUGGUGGGCAUAUGGAUUUUUCAAAGAAAUUGCAAGAACGGCAAGUUAUCAACCGCAAAUAUCGACAUUUCUUGUUACUAUGGAGACUAUAGUUAUUACACCGGACAUCAAUCCAUGUAUUCUGAAUGUGAUUGAAAUGGUAAAGGCGUUUGAGCAUAUGAGAAAUGCGACAAUUGAAAAUGACUUUUCGUAA